CCCCGAGGCCUCACUGUGUCCCCUUUCAGACUGAGGUGGCACUCCAUCAUCGCUGUCUGAGACUAGUACCUUACGACCCCAAACUACUCAGCCUGCUCGCUUACUCAGCUGUGGCUUCCUGGCUGCCUCCGUCCUCCGGGCCUGGGAGUUGAGCAAAGGGCUCAGAGAUCACUCUUCCUUCGCCCUCCAUUCUCCCUAAGGUCAAGGCUGCUUUCUCAGCCCUGAAUCCCACAGCCUCUGAGGAUCACCUUGGUUGCUCUAAGGUAGAGGCCUAGUUCCUCUUCUGCACCUCCUCCCAUCCCCCCUGAGAACCACCCCUGGGGGUGGGGGUGCAACCUCUGGGUUAACUCUUGGAGAUCCUGGGUUCUGAGGAAGGAGUUUUUCCCUGUGUUCGGCAGCCUAGGUGGCAGACGGUAGGUGGAGUUGCUCAGAAGAAAUGUGAAUGCGACCCAAAUGCAUGACUUUUAGCCUCCUGCAUCCGAAUCACUUCCCAACCCUUAUUCCUGGGUCUUCAGACCUGAUUCAUCUCCCUACCUGUUGUCACCAGCUUUCCCGCCGAUCACAGAGACCUAACCCUAGGGUCACACACUAUCCACAGGUGCAUGCCCUAGAGGCCCUGGCAUACUUGGGGAGCACAACUUCAGAUUUUAUCUGAUUCUAAUUCUGUACCUGCUAAGUCCCAGCCCCUGAGCUACUGGAGCUGGUGUUGGGGAAGUGCCUUCUUGGCUGUUUAAAGUCAGCUUUGACCGUGGCUGGGAGUUUGUACACCAGCCAGUCAGGGAAGUUGCUAUUUCCUGUGGUAAGAGUUUAGGGGCCAGGCAGCCACACUGAGCCUUGGAGCUCCCACAAGCUCUUCAGGGUUUAGAGCCAAGUAGGAAGAUCAAGACUUAACUACUAGUGAGCCUAUACAAGUAGCUGUGCCUGUGUAUGUGAAGGGUGGGUGUUAAGUGAUACAGUUGACCUUGGGGCUGGGGAAACAGAGGCUUGGAUGGUAAUGGGUGGGUGUAACACCAAGUUUAAAAAGAUCUUGGCUCUAUAGAAAGUUAGCUGUGAAGGGUGAAGGGGCACCACAGUCCUGACCCUCAGCAAGACUGUACUAAUCUGUGUUGCCCCCUGGGGGCCUUAGUGGGGUGACGUGGACAUAGAUCCCUGUGAGAGUCGGGGUGAGGACCUGGGAAUUCUGCUUCUGUGUUCAUUGGGUCAAGGGGUGGAGCAGCCAGUUUGGGAUGGGGAUUCCUAGUUAGAGCGGAAGUGAAAGUGAAAUCAUGGUUGGGAGCUUUCCCAGAAGCUCAUUCCAUCCUGCCCUUCCCAGAACAAGGGCUGUCAACGGAGAGUGCUGCUUCCCAGAGGAAGUUACAGAUACCAGACCUGCUUGCUCCUGACACAAGUCAUCAUGAUCAUGAGACACUGCUGGACAGCAGACCCCAGUUCUUGGUGGGCCCUGCUUCUGUAUGUCCAUGUUGUCAUUCUGGCCAGAGCUACAUCUGCACCUCAGACAACUGCCACUGUCUUUACUGGGAACUCCAAGGACCCAUGCUCUUCCUGGUCUCCAGCAGGCCCUACCAAGCGCUACCCAGCAGUGGACGUGAUCUGGCCAGAGGAAGAAGCGCCACUGAAUGGAACGCUGACCUUGUCCUGUACCGCCUGCAGCCGCUUCCCCUACUUCAGCAUCCUCUACUGGCUGGGCAAUGGUUCCUUCAUUGAGCACCUACCAGGCAGGCUGAGGGAGGGUCACACAAGUCGGGAACACAGGAAUACAAGCACCUGGCUACAGAGAGCCCUGGUGCUGGAGGAACUGAGCCCCACCCUACGAAGCACCAACUUCUCCUGUUUGUUUGUGGACCCUGGACAGGUGGCCCAGGAUCACAUCAUUCUGGCCCAGCUCUGGGAUGGGAUGAAGACAGUUCAAUCCCCUUCUCAAGAAAUCCUCUCCAGCCACAGCCCAGCACCCACAUCAGCAGGGCCUGGGGUUACCAUGAAGCCAGCCGUAGCCUGGCCUUGACUGGAUGGAGCCUGGUUCUCAUCUACCUGGAUGGUGAAGUCUCCACCGUAGGCUUUGCCCCUGUGCAGCUGAUUCUCAAACUCCAGCUUCAUUUCUACCCAGACUAUUACAGUAAUUAAAUUAGACCCCUAGAA